UGGUCGGCUCUCUCAGUGGCAACGUGACUGCUCGUGUUCGCCGUACUCUGUUGUCGUUCGACCCUCGCCGGCUUGGGUUUAACGCUCGUUUUUCAGUGUGUGUGCUCGUGUGUGUUUUUUCACCCCUUCGACUCUUUUUUACAUUUUUUUUCAAACAAUACCUAUUACAACAAUUAUACCUAUCCGUCUAUAUAUUAUAUAUAUAAUCGAGCGCGUAUGAUCCGACCGACCGGUCUAUAGGAUCGGGACAUUUAAAUAUAUAUAUAUAUAUAUACUUUUUUUUUAAAAAAUUGUUGUUUUGUUUUGGUGUGUGCUUUCCCGAAGGGGGCUUAUAUAGUUCGACACCAGGUCACGACCGAGACGACGAACGGCCCCGAAAAUGGAAACCGAAGAGAUCACCAAGCUCGUCGACGGAAUUUACAAGAACAUAUUGGAAAAAUUCAACCCUGGUGCUAGGCAAAUGAUCAAUGCGGGAAAGGCAUAUUUGAAAGCUCUGCAUGGAGCCGCUUCAGCUUCCAAGCUGUACACGGACGCCAUAAUGAGACUAGCCAGACAGUCGCAACAAGGCACAUGGGGUGGUUCGGCCGAUAUAGGUUCAGCGCUCAUGCAAAUCGUCGAAGUCUACAAAGAAAUUCAAUCCCAACAAUUGAACAUACUAAAAGCGUUUUACGUCGAUUUGCUGGUACCGCUCGAAACGAAUCUGGAAAAGGAUACCAAAGUGGUUCAGUCCGAACAAAAGCGAUUCCUGCAACAACACAAACAGAGAUCCGAGAGCUACAGCAAAGCGGCUUCGGCCAUGAAAAAGUGUCGCAAAAAGCACAAAGUAGGCCCCAAAGCAGGAUUGGCGAUGGACAAAGAAAUCAAAACCAUGCAAGUUUUAGAAGAGGAAAAAUCUAAAUUGGACAACUUCUGCGAACAGAGUUUGAAGAACGCGAUGACUCAGGAGAGACGCAGGUACGGAUUCGUGCUGGAACGACAGUGUUCGUUGGUGAAACACUGUCUGGCCUAUCACACCAACAGCCAGACAAUGUACGACGAACACUUGGGCGACUGGUUGGACGUGGCCAAGUCCAGAGAGAGACUUCCGGAAGCCGUGGAGUCCAUGUUUGCAGCGAAACUUCGGCAAGUAAGCUUCUGGUUGGACGACGACAACGUUGGUCCGCAGAGGAUCGACGACGAUCGGACUUCGCUGACGUCACAAUUGAGAAAAACGAAAUCGAUGGACGCUUCUUGCUUGGACGUCCGUGCCAUGAUGGAUAUCUCAAGUCCAGUGUUGAAUUACCCGUUGUCCAGAGCAAAGUCAGAUUUCAAUUUAAACGCUUCAUCGCAGUCUCUGAACAGAGUUGAAAACGGCCCUAGCCCCAAAAAUAGCGGAUCCAGACCGAAAUCUAUGGCGAUUGUGGAUAACGGAUGGGAAUCGCAAGGCCCGCAACUCGUGCAAGCCAUACACGCUUAUUUGUCCAGCGGCGACAAUCAAUUGAGCUUCCACGAAGGAGACACUAUUGCGGUGACAGGCGAACGCACCAAAGGAUGGCAGUAUGGAGAGAAUUUGCGCACUCAAUGCAGCGGUUGGUUCCCGUUGGCGUACACCGAGCCCGUAUUGGACGAAUCUGUUUUUUCAGAUUCGCCAUCAUCUUACAGGCGUAAGGAUUCUGUGGGACAAUCAAUCAUUUCCAGCCACAACAGAAGCGAAUCCGCUACGGUCGGCAAACAAAACCGUUUUCAAUCGGCCACUCUAACAAGAUUUGGCGAUUCUCUACCUCACCGAAAUCUAUAUCCAGCCCGGUUGAGAGGAGACGGGAGAGCUAACGGUUAUGGAAACCAAGUACCCCCGCCUUCUGUGCCUGCUCCAGUGGCACCUCGCCAAUACGGUGGUCACGUUCCACCCCCAGCUGCAUUCUUCCCUCCACCACCACAGACAUUGCCGCCGCCUCCAGGUAAAUCCGGCCACGGUGUGAACGAAAAACGUCCCAAUGUCAUCGGCGGCGCUGGAAACGGUGUUCAUCAUCAACACGGUAAUGCUAGCUUACACAGCAGCAACGACAGCGGUUUUAGUAACGACCCACCGCCUGCUCCCGAAAUCGACUAUUCUGACGAUGAAAACACAAGACCGAAAGAGAUCACGAAAGAAACCAAAAUGAAGUUAGCCGAGUCUAUGAAAUCCAACGGGUCUAUGGCGGGCACUCUGAAGUCUUCUUACAACAACAGCGGUGCCAUGGGUUCCCGACGAAACACGGGCCCGUCGAUGCGGCAGAGUUCCAGCGUCGGACACUUGUCGGCUUUUGACGGUUACCCCAGAUCCUUGUCCGGGGGUCGUAGUAACGGGGCGGACAAUGGCGCGUUCCAAGACAAAAAGAUCAAACGCACGAAAUCCAUGUGGAAGUUCAAGAAAUCUGGAGACGACGUGCUGAUGGGCAUGUCAAUGUGGAAGCACAGGUCUCUGGUGGACGUGAACGCUGCCGAGGCCGAAGAGCUGAAAAAGCAACAGCAACAGCAGCAGCAGCAGCAGCAGCUGCAAACAGGUAUAAAAAACGGCGGUGGCACUCCGUUGACCAACAAGAAAUUCGCCAUAACAAGAGAGAUCGACAUCGGCGGUAGUAGCAACGGUUUCGGUAAUAACAACAACGACGACGACGACAAUCAAACGAUAAUGAACGGUUCGUCGACCGUCUUGAGGAGGUCUUACGGUGGCGGAGACGAAGACAGACACAACCACCAUCAACACCAACAACCACACCAUCGUCUCCAACACCGUCCGGCGGGUCACGAUCACAGGCGUAGCGCAUCGGACGAUGACGAACCCUUGGACAACGGGUCGUCCAGUGCCGGCGAAGAUUCCGAAUCUUGCAUUGUGGUCGACGAUCACCUGAAGAACUCGCCGUCCAGGGCGUCGGCCCCGCAGAGUCUUCUCCCCAGGACCCGUUUGAUCAAACAGCAAUCGCAACAGCAUCAGCAGCCCCAUGGCAUCGUAAACGGCAAAAUGACCAUGCAAAUACCUACGACGGGUGGCGCAGUCGACGACGGAUAUCAAGAUUCGGACGUGGACGCGCGGUUCGAGAGUUCGAAAUUGCAAACGUUCAAGUACAUCAACAACAGCACCCACGCCGGUACAGACAGCUGGUACGACUCGUGGGGCGAAAAGCGCAAGAAGUAGUUCAAGUUAGAACUUAACUCACGAGGUCGAACGUGUUCGCUACAAUCAAAUUACGCAAAACCAGCACCAACGAUCGGUCGGCUCCGAAAAUACUACAAUAAUUUUUUGCAAAACUUGAAAAAAAUUACAUUAUAUAAUAUUAGCAUAUAUGUAGUACUAUAAUUAUUAACCUUUUUUGUUUAAGAAAAUAAAACGGAUAAUAUAUUAUUGUUUUAUUAAUAAUAAUUAUCUAGACACACGCUGUACAUAGGUACAUAAUAAUAUUAUCGUUUUACAGGCCGAAUUUUGCUCAAUUAAUAAUAUUUUGUCUUAGCAAAACCGCCAAAGUAUUUUUUUUUAAGCAUCUCCUAAGGUGGUAAACAAUUUCUUUUGGCGCGGUUUUAAUCGUUUACGAUGACAAUUCGAAGUAUUAUUAUAAUAGAAUUAUCAUCCCAAGUUAUUCUAGAUUGAUUUAUAUGUUAUAUUUUUAAACGAAUUAACCGUUAGGCAAAUAUUAUUACGUGCACAUAUUAUUAUCUUAUUUAGUUAUAACCAAAACAUAUAUAAUUUUCUUUUUCAUAUUAUGUCAUUGGAAUCCGUCCUCUUUUAUGUAUGUUGGAUUUGUAUGUAGGUACACCUCCAAUAAUAUAUUUAAAAUAAUUAUAGUUAUUAAUAAUAAUAAAUAAACAUUACUAUUACGUACGACAAUGUAAUUCCAUUCAAUAUCAGUGCAAUAAAAAAUUAUACCCGUUUACCGAUUCGAGUAAGGUGUUAUUCGAUAUUUACUUAUUGUAAAGUAUAUUUUAAUGGACAUUUAAAUGUAUGUAUAUAACAAUUUUAAGUACUCUUAAGUGUAAAAUCUAAUGAAUUUAACAAUUACAUUCCCAAUCAAAUAGUGCAUUGUUUGACGAUAAUACCAAUGUAAUAUACAAAAAUUAUUUGUACAAUAAUUACAAACAACGACAAAAAUUUAAGCAUAAACACGAUUUGGUCAUUCAAGUUGAUCAGUCUAGAGUUUUUUUGCACCAUAAUAAUUAUUAUAAAAUUAAUUUUAAGUUAAAAAACUAUGUAUACAAGUUAUUCUAUCGUUAAAAAUGUAUUAUUCUUAUACAGCUUCUUUUUUAGCUAAUAUUAAAUGUUCUAAUUAAAUUAAAAAUGGAAUUAAUUUGCUGUAAUUCUUUUCAUUUACAUUAGUUUUAUAUUACUAAUAUAAUAGUUUUAACAAUAAUAUUAUUAAAAUAUAAUAAAUGUUACCCGAAAUUAUAUUUUGGUAUUAAUCAUAAAAAAAAAAAUGUAAUCUAUAAAUUAUUAUACUCAAAUUAUUAGUUUUUCGUACUUAUAAAUUCAUCUAUUUAUACUUUAUUGAUAUACUUAUUAUUUUUUUUUGUUAAUCUUGUUUUUGUAAAUUUAUGGUAUGUGGGAAAUUUUUAUUAUAAAACGAUGUUCGGACCCAUUUACGUAUAUAGUUCAAUAAAAACUUAUUUCACAAGUCAGAGUGUUUGCCAAAUUUUCAAGUAUGGACAAAUUUGAACAAACCUCCUCAAAUUAUUAAAUUUAAUCAUACGAAAAGAUAUCAGUCAGUUUUUAUUGAAAUUAUAUACACUAUUUGGGUUGCGGUCUUCGUGUUACAUAUUUUUUAAAGGAAUAUAUUGUUAUAAUAUGUAUAAU